AUGCAACAGCCGGACAGACGGUGGGAGCCAGCCCCUUUCACCGACACCACCGACCUCUGUGCCAAGUCCCUCACCCGCACGUCGACCGCUAGGGAAUAUUCAAACGUCAUGAAUUUUGUCAGCUCGAACCCACACCGCGUCAACGAACUCUCUGAAGCAGUGUUUGGCACGCUUCUUCUCGAGUGCUUCGUCGAGUGCGAUCGCAUAAAGUGCUCGUGCAGCAAAAGCCAUGACCGAGACUGGAUGUGGAACCUAGGGUUCCUCAUCGAGCGCAACAAGCUACAUCUGGUAACCGAGUUCCGGGUUGUCAUCUUUAACGAGUGUGAGCUACCGAUGCACAUUGAUAAGGUGAUGAAGGGUAUGGAAAACAAACUGCAGUCGCCUUUGCCGAAUGUGCGCUCGAUUCUGUUUCUUGGACCAGGGGUGUUCACAGCGGGUACAGCAAAAGAUGCGGACUCGAUCCAGGAAUUUAGAACAGCUGAGGCUGCUGCUCAGUCCAUCCGAAAGCUGUUUCCUUGCGCAACUGAUUUAAGAUACCAUGUAUUCAGGAAAUGGGUCCCGACACCUAAUAUCCUUGGAGCGGACAGAAAAUUAUGCCCUUUGUACGAAUACACUCUCAAGGAGUAUGCGCACCAGCUGGAGCAUGUCCAGAUGCUUAUCCCGUUCCCCCUGAACGUGCCCAAGCUCUUUGACAACUUCACAUCGCUUUCAAUUAACAUCCGCUACAUACGUCUGCGUCGCGACUUGCCUGUUAUUCCAACUCGGUGCCUGCGCAUCCUCGAGGUGUUCCAGAUCGAGGCUGUUAUCCCGUGGCACCUCUUCGAGACCACCGAUGGCGCGCUGAGCUUUGACAGCCUCCAGGAUCUGCGCGUGGAGUUCAUUCAGGCCACUGCGAAUACUGCCACUUUUCCAGGCUGCAAUUACCCUGUGCAUUUCCCAAGGCUGAACACUCUCCAUGUCACUGGCUCCGCCUACGUCUACACCGACAUCUACGCCUAUUUCCAGGGCCGGGUAUUUGAGAGACUGACUAUUAUGGACGACCCGACGAACUUUGAACGCAUCAACGAGCACGCGUUCGAGACAGUGAGGAUGCUCAAGAUUGGGCACCCUACUGGAACUCCGUUUGUUGAUGUGUACUCUGUCAAUAUGGUUGAGCGCCUGUAUCAGCUGCCGUCCAGCGUUGAGGUGGCCACCCUUGGACUGCUUGACUAUCCGCUUCCGGGGCUGAUUGCAUGGGUCGACCUGCGCUCGCUCACACUGGCGGCCAGCAUCGCGGACAAGCAUGGGCUUGCCAACCUGCUGGGACAGCUGCCGCUUCUGCACACGCUCGUCGUGGACUGCUUCUCGAUGAUCCGGAUCGACGCCAAGGUCACCAAGUUCCCGGACCAGAAGAUCACAUUUGACGAGAUCGGCGAGGUCCUGGAUCCAAGCAGCCAGCUGCCAGUCAGCGAGAGUCUCGAGCGACUGGAUCUCUUUGUUCGCGGCACAUUCGACCUGGUCGGUUUCUGCGAGCUGGUGGUGUGUCUUCCUCGAGUCACCAAGGUCAGGGUCAACCACCACAUGAUCCCGCACAUCAUGAGCAUGCUCCACCAGGUCUUCAAAGUCAGCCGCAAUAUUGCCUUUGAGCCCUUGUCCUAG